AUGCCUAGGAAAGCCUACCGUCCCCUCGCCGCCGACGAGGAACAGAGCCGGAGCAGCUCAGACACGUUCUGCGAGAAGGAGCCGCUACGAGUGAGGUUCGAAGAUGACAAGUUCGAGCGAGAUGUCAGGACGAGGAUGCUCGACUUUCUCUUCAGGAACUGGGCUUGGAUCGCACAUACCAUACUGUUGUCGAUAUCAUUGAUCCUUUUCACCAUUUCUUUUUGCCAGAGGACGGCGAGGAUAUCGGAUCUGGCAGUCACACAACAAUACGCGUCAUACUCACCGGUGGCGCCCAUCGUCAAGUAUGAGACCGUACGGUACAAUCUCACACCGCUGGUGGAGGGACCCUUUGUCGGCUUUGGACCCAAAGUGGACGAGGCAUGGGAUUCUAUUGCCAACGACAUGGGCGAUCAGAUGAUCUCCGAAGAAGAGCUGAACAGGCUUGGCCUCCCAAAGAACUCGCUGAAGGUCAAGGACCCGGCGACGGGCGUGGUCGGCUACCGCGCCGCAGUCGAGGUGUUCCACCAGCUGCACUGCCUGAACCUCCUACGGCAGUACAUCUACAAGGACUAUUAUAUCAACAUUUACAGCGAUAUCCAGGAGGAGGAGGAGGGUUUGAAGGGCCACGUCGACCACUGCCUGGAGGCGAUUCGGAUCAACCUCAUGUGCACAGCCGACAUUGGCAUCUUCACGUUCAGGGAGUAUCCGGAGUACGGGUACGAGAAGGACGAUUUCUGGCCGGACUUUAGUACGCUGCACACAUGCAGAAACUUCGAUACCAUUCACCAGUGGGCCAUCGACCACACCGUCUCGUGGACUCACGAUGUGUGAGAGGAUCCCCAUCUCACGUAUUGAUCCACGACACAUUAGCGUUUGCGGCGACGAAUGCAUCAUCAUUCUUUCUUUUUGGCAUUACAAUACAUUAAUUUCAACCCG